ACCGACCUGACAUACACGCAGCAGUCGGCACGUUCGUAGCUCGCGCGUCGUCGUCGUCGUCCGACUCCGUGUCCCUCGGGUCGAGUUGCCUUUGUUCGUCCAUCCGCCAUCCAUCCACGCAGUGAGGUUUCCCCUAUGGCGGAGCAGUCUCCCAGCUCCGCGCCGCCAGAUGGUUCUAGCGGGAGUGAAUCCUUCGACAAUCUGGUAAUUCAAGCUCCACAGCUGAUGAGGGAGGAUUACAUACAAAAUGCUGUGAAUUUUCUUUCACACCCGAAGGUUAAGGGUUCUCCAGUAUUUCACAGGCGGUCCUUCCUGGAAAAGAAAGGCCUUACAAAUGAAGAAAUUGAUGAGGCCUUUCGUAGGGUUCCUGACCCUAAUCCAAAUGGCACUGAUGCUGCAGCUGCUGGUUCACAACAAGCAAACAACCACAACCAAUCUGUUGAGCUGCAAUCUUAUACAGAAGUGCAACCACAAGCUGCUACUGGCUCUGUCACUGCUGGACCUAUUGCCUCGCAUGCAAAGGCACAGUUUAGCUGGGUCAACACACUGCUUGGUGCAGGUCUUUUUCUUGGUUUGGGGGCUGGUGCUGCCAUAACCCUCAAGAAAUGGUUCAUCCCUAGUCUAAAAUCUUGGACCCGUAGAGUCGUUAAUGAAGAAGAUGGAAAGGUGAAGGAUGAGCUCACUUGCAAACUCUAUGAAGAAAUUAGGGAAGCCAUAAAAGUUUCUGCAUCAGCCUUUUCUGAUAUAGCUAGAACAAACCAAGAAGUGCUUGCUUCAAAAGAUGAAGAUAGGGAGGUACUUAUGAAGUUAAGAGAAGCAUUUGAGUCACAAGCAAAUGUGUUUAAAUCCUUGAAUGAGACCAUAUUAAAUCAUAUCAGGCAGAAUCAGUUUUCACAAUACAACCUAUUGGAAGGGCAUGUUCAGCCUGUACCAUGGAAUGGGCUGGUUGACUAUCAAGGGAGAGCUUCUCAGCAAACUAAUAUGUAUGCCACACCACCAAACAGCAGUUUUGACCCAGGGAGGCAUUCAUUCAUGCCAUUACCUGCAGAACCUACUUAUGGUUAUGGAUCAUAUUCAGGAUCUUACACUGAGCAGCGCUUGCAGAGGCCAGGGUAUGGAUUCCAGCCCCAGAUGAGCAAUGACCGACAGAACCUCGGUUUGCGGGGCAACUACCAAGGGGUUUCUUUGAAUCACCACGCCGGCAAUGCCAUCGAUGACCCUGCAGCGAUUGCAGCAGAAUUCCAGCGCCGCUGGGUCCCCCCGCAGCCACCGGGCGUCAUCAUGCCAGAGGCUGCGGCCGCCAUCCGGCAGCCCAGGUCCGUCCCAAGGCAGCAGUCGCAGCCAGCCGAUGGUCAGCCAAGCACCGAUGUUCCAAGACCAUCUGAGCCCGCAGUGGCGUCAUCAGAGCAGAUGAACAGCGUCCCUGGAGCACAUGGUGGAGAGUUGGCGAGCGAUGGUGGUACCGUGACAGCGUGUGCCGGCUGCAGUGUUGGGAGCGAAGAGCAGCAGCAGCAGGAAGCCGCUUGAGUGACGUUUUGCACGCCCUUGCGUAGCUCCAUUGCCGAGUGGUAUAGUGGUAUAUGUUCUUUUUGGCUUUUCGCUGCACCUGUAUUUAGCUUGUACGUGAAAGUUUAUCCAUCUCAUGUAUAAAGUCGCAACUGUACUUAGAUAUACCACUGCAACUGAUCAAGUUUACGUGUAUACACAGAAAUGAAUAAAUUGGUUGUAUGUUUCAGCUCAGGAA